CUACAGGAGAUGACCAGAGACUGCAGACAUAGUACAGGAGAUGACCAGAGACUGCGGACACAGUACAGGAGAUGGCCAGAGACUGCAGACACAGUACAGGAGAUGACCAGAGACUGCGGACACAGUACAGGAGAUGACCAGAGACUGCGUACACAGUACAGGAGAUGACCAGAGACUGCGGACACAGUACAGGAGAUGACCAGAGACUGCGGACACAGUACAGGAGAUGACCAGAGACUGCGGACACAGUACAGGAGAUGACCAGAGACUGCAGACAGGAGAUGACCAGAGACUGUGGACAUAGUGCAGG